CGCUUGGAUGCGGCGGGGAUUCAGUCCUCCUGCUUUUUCCUUGUUUUCCCUAAACUAUUCCAAACAUAAGAUCUCCUAUUCGGAUCACCAAAUACAGCACUGAAGUAGACAGAUUUAUUGUGGACUUGAAGAUACCAGAUGUGAACAUGUAAACAUCUGGUUUGAAUCAAGGAUAGAGAUUUCAGGGUCCCUUUUCCUUUUCCCAAGUUUCCCAGUUUUACGCGGAGCAACUCGGAAAGCGGCUGUUUUUGGAAGAAGAAGAAGAGGAGGAGGAGGAGGAAAGAAGAAGAAGCUGUAUAAAAGUGCCUGGUAAUAACGCAACAAUGGUCAUGGUAUGGGAGUGACAUGACAGCUCAGGUGAACCUUGACAUUGUCUCCCUCUCUCUCCUAUACGUGCACGCUCACAUGCAAAAUGUGUCUGUCUCAUCUGAGAGACCAGUUGGAGUGAAUGAGGGACAGCACAAGUGCCACCAUGGACGAAUCGGCCCUGCUGGAUCUGCUUGAGUGCCCGGUGUGCCUAGAACGGCUGGACGCCACUGCCAAAGUACUGCCGUGCCAGCAUACCUUCUGCCGCCGCUGCCUGCUUGGCAUUGUUGGAUCUCGCGGUGAGCUGCGGUGUCCUGAAUGUCGCACGCUUGUGGAGAGUGGUGUGGACGAAUUGCCCAGCAACAUCCUCCUUGUCCGCCUGCUUGACGGCAUCAAGCAGCGACCCUGGCGACCAGGCACGGGUUGUACCAAUGGCUCGGCUGGAGGAGGGGUUAGAGAGCAUGCAAACCCAGGAACGCAGCCCCAAAGAGCUCAGACCAAAAGCACCGCUGUCAGGGGAGUACCCCAGCUCCCCUGCGCCAAGGCCUUGUACAACUACGAUGGCAAGGAACCCGGCGACCUCAAGUUCAGCAAGGGCGACAUCAUCAUACUGCGCCGGCAGGUGGAUGAGAACUGGUACCAUGGUGAAGUGGGCGGAGUUCACGGCUUCUUCCCGGCCAGUUUCGUGCAGGUGAUCAAGCCGCUCCCACAGCCGCCGCCGCAGUGCAAGGCCCUGUAUGACUUUGAGCUGAAGGAUAAGGAGGCAGACAAGGACUGCCUUCCCUUCUCAAAGGAUGACAUUCUGACAGUAAUUCGACGUGUGGACCAGAAUUGGGCGGAGGGAAUGCUGGGGGAUAAGAUCGGCAUCUUCCCUAUAUCCUAUGUAGAGUUUAACUCUGCUGCACGGCAGCUCAUCGAGCUCGACAAGGUGCCAGAUGACUCUGCUGAGGGCACUUCCUCCUCCUCGUCCUCAUCCUCCUCUUCCUCCUCCUCCUCAGGCCCCCAAGCCAACGGCUCACAAAAAGCGACAGGGGAGAAAAAGAACAGUAAGAAGCGCCACUCGUUUACCUCACUGACCAUGUCCCAUAAGCCAUGCCUGGCCCCGCCGCCACAGCGCCACUCUAUGGAGAUCAGUGGGCCCGUGCUCAUCAGCUCCUCGAACCCUACAGCAGCCGCACGCAUCGGAGAGCUCAGUGGCGGUUUGUCCUCCAGCGCCCCUUCCCAGGUUCACAUUUGCACAACAGGCCUCAUUGUCACUCCACCUCCAAGCAGUCCUGUAACAACAGCGACGGUUUUCACUUUUCCUCCAGAGACCAGCUAUGCCUCCAUCCCAGUGGACUCUUUGCCGCCUCCUCCACCUCCUCCCCCACAAUCCUCCUCUGUGGGUGCUGCGUCAUCGCUGAUCACAGGACAGAGGCCGUCCCCAACUGCAAGUGACCAGAGUGGACGUCAGAGGCCGACUGUGUAUGUUGCAAUGUUCCCAUACACACCCCGUAAGGAGGAUGAGCUGGAGCUGAGAAAGGGUGAGAUGUUCCUAGUGCUGGAGCGCUGUCAGGAUGGCUGGUUUAAAGGAACAUCCAUGCACACCGGCAAGAUCGGAGUUUUUCCUGGCAACUACAUGAGUCCUGUCAGCAGAACGGUGGCAAGCAGCAGUCAGCCCAAAGUGCCGUUAGCAAUGUGUUCGCAGGCUGGACGUGGCAUCACCAUAGUUAGCUCCUCGUCCUCGCCGAUUGGAGCUACCAUGAGUGGCGUUGACCCCAACAAGCCCCUCCCUAUUUGCACAGGCGCCACUCCUUCGAGCCCCAUUCCGGCUGCUGUAGUCACAGCAGCUCACAUGCCGCCUGGUCAGCAUCCCAAAGUGCUCAUGCAUGUGACUCCACAGAUGACGGUGAACCAGGCACGUAAUGCUGUGAGGACAGCAGCAUGCCACAAUCAGGACCGCCCAACUGCAGCCGUAACACCCAUCCAAUCCCAAAACGCCAUGGCUUUCCUGCCUCACCUGGCCGUGUGUCCGCAACCAUCAUCUGGCAGCGUUUCCGCCUUGAACCCUGCGUCGAGCAGAAUGGGAGUGGGUAUGGGCUGCGCCGCCACCUCACUUACCCCACCCAAUAUCAGCGCUGCUUCUUUGGAGGUCGAUGGCAUGAGAUCCACUGCCAUGGUGCCACUCCCGGUCGCUCCUGUUAACGGCAAGCCUCUCGGUGCCACCGCGGCAAAUCAGCCACCUCCUUGUAAAAUCGACAAAGACUGCAAGAGGGAGAAGAAAGGCUUGUUGAAACUGUUGUCAAAUAAAAAGAAACUCCGCCCCUCUCCUCCAUCUUCUCCGACUCCGGAGGCAGAACAAGCUAUUGCUGCAGACGUGCCUCAAGGAGCCAUGGCACCUGAAGUGCCUGUGCCUGGCUCAACUUCAUCAGUGGCCAGUGGAAACCAUUGUCGGACCGGGCCCUGUCCUGUGGAGGCUGAGACAACUGCAUCAUCAUCAAAUUCUGAUGCUGCACGCAGGAGUGGCUGUCAAGAAAACUCUGCCCCCAUUGCACCACCACCACGCCAACCAUGCUCCUCUCUCCUGUCCGUGCAGCAUGACGGACGACCAAUAGUGUGUGAGAGGUACCGUGUGGUGGUGUCUUACCCUCCACAGAGCGAGGCUGAGCUGGAGCUGAAGGAGGGCGACAUUGUGUUUGUGCACAAGAAGCGUGAGGAUGGCUGGUUCAAAGGCACGCUCCAGAGGAAUGGCCGGACAGGCCUCUUUCCCGGCAGCUUCGUCGACAGCAUCUGAUUCGAACACAUGCUUGCUAUCAGGCAAAAUUACACCAAGCUGUUGUGAGGCUGGCAGCUGCCGUUGCCUGGAAAGCUCCUGGCAAUGAUGGACAGAACGGAUGAGGAUCAGCAGUGUAUACGUGAGGGUGGAUCGAAGCACAAAUCAACCCAAUUUUUUUAAACGCAUCCCGGACGCCAUGAGGCUGUCACAGUCUCUUGGAGCAGAACAUACGUUUUCAGUUUUACACAAAUAUUUUAAAAUAAAAAAGCACAUAUAUCAAGCACAGCAUGAGACAACGCUCACUUGACUCGUCAUGUGAUAAUCUGUUAAUUUAUGUACCUGUAAACAUUUCAGAAUGGUUUUGAUGUGUGCCUUGUACGGCAUCAUGUUAUUGUAUAUAAGCAAACAGAGCUGAUCUAUGAGUGAACUGAGCAAAGCUGGAAAAUAUGAAUUUAUUAUACUCAAAAAAAAAAAAAAGGUAGUUUUCAUGGUAGGGUAUUAAUGGAUGAUUUAAUGUGAACUAUGAUUGCCUGCCCAUCAUGUGUUGCUGGUUUGUGUCGCUUGGUCAUCGGUGGACGGAGUCAGGUCAUCGCUGAUUACACUAUGCUUCAAGAGAGUGGAUGUUGGUCAGUGCCCAGUUAAACUACUGUUGAGCAUCCUGAAGAUAGAGUUGAACUUUAAUUUACUACUGAUUUUAAAAAUAAUAAUAAUAAUAAUGCUGAUAUUGGAAUUUGAUCCGGUGCCUAGAAAUAUACAUACAGAAAUUGAGAUCCCAUGCAUCAACAGUUUUGUGAAUUCAUGAGCAAAAAAAAAACCCCACAUGUUUAUUUCAUUUGGGUGGGUUAAUAAGCAAGCAGCAAAGUUGCGAUGGCUUGAUGCGCUCGAUGAAGUGUAGUGAACAUGAUCCAGUAUUGUAGAGUAAGGCGUGGGGAUGUAAUGAAUCUGCUGUAGAUUUUAUUCAGUAAUGGGGUUUAGAGGUAGUAGGGUUAAUGCUUCUUCUGACAUAACUUUUGAUAUUUAUAAAAAAAAAAAAAGAAAUGAAAAUACACUCCAUAGAAAGCAUCGGCGCGGUGGUGGUGUAGAUGUUUAACUCAAAUUGUACUAAUUAUAUUUCUAUAUAUUAAAGUAUGAUAGCUGCUGGCUCCUUUUUUAUUUUUUUGAUAUGAGAGUACGACUGACAGCUGAAUGAUUACUUGUCUUAUGUUGUGUCUGUGUAUUCCCGAUUAACAUCUGAUUUUAGUCUAUUGCACUCUGCCUAAAAAAGGAGAGGGAUUGACCUUUUUGAUCAAGGUGCAACAGAUGAGAGCUGCUCGACGUUCCAUGGGCCUCGAGUUCAGCGUCCUAACCAGGCCGCUUCAGUGUUCUUCAUUCUGGUCGUGUUUGCGUCACAGUUUUGUCUGUCGUGAUCAUUUCAGUCAUACAGGUCAUUUUAAAGCUCUCACAAGUUUGUGGUAUAAUCUUAGAUCUGUUGUGCAUCUUGUGCAAGGUGCUUGAUUGUGAGCAGAUUGUGAAACAUCAGUAUUAUACCACAAAUCCAUGGCUUAGUACUAUUUAUUACAGGUUGCAAGCUGCAUCUUUUUAUCACCCCGGCAUGCGCAAACAUGACUUCUGUUGUGUGCAUGUGUGGAGGGGGGGGGGGGUUCCCUCCAACCAUCCUGUUCUGCACGCAAGUCCACUAUCAUAUAAAGAAUGACUGACUGAUGUACUUACAGUAGUUAUUCUUUUUUCCAGAUGACUCAUCGACAUUUAUUGUUAAUGGGGUAUUUUUUAUUUUUUUUUUUUACUUUUGUAUCAUUAUCCAAAUCAGAAUGUCUUAUAUUUGUGACCAAACCCAUAUGCAGUUAGAAUUUGUCCCUUCUGUAGUUUCUGGAGAUAUUUCUACCUGAUUCAGUGUUUGAUCAUCAUUGAGAACUGUAGACACAACCUUUUGAUUUUGGUUAGUGAACAGUCAAGUUCAAGUGAUUCACAAAACACUGUUUACAAGUGUGUGCCCGUAUACACCCUCUGGUUAGCUCUCCCCCCCCCCCCCCCCCCUUCCCGUACACACUUACAGGAACCUCAAGUGCCUGUUCUGUGUUGUUGAGUUCACAUCUGUCAAAAAAAAAAGCAGAAGCUGACACACUAGUUUGCUCCAUAUCAUGUUUAUUUCUUCAUUCAUACACACCUUUUUUUAAAUUUUUUUUUAUAUCUAGAGCUGUGUAGGUAUUUCCUCAUUGUGCUAGACACAGCAAUUCUCAUGCCUUGUUAGAGAGACUCAAUACUAAACCUGACUUGAACACAUACUCAUGUGUAUGUCCCCCCCCCCAAUUAUUAAAAAACAAAAAACCUUUUUGUUACUGGUUUUCAUAUCUGCUUGACUGUAUGUCUCUUAGUGGUCAUGUUGAUCUCAUAUUCAGUACUAAAUCAUUGGAAGAA